UGGAGCGUCCCAGCGCCGACUAGGAGUCGAGCGGAGGCGGAGGAGAUGGCUUCCCAGCCGCCGCCUCCCCCGAAGCCCUGGGAGACCCGGCGAAUUCCGGGGGCCGGGCCAGGACCAGGACCCGGCCCCACUUUCCAAUCUGCUGAUUUGGGUCCUAAUUUAUUGACAAGACCUGGACAACCAACACUUACCAGAGUGCCCCCACCUAUUCUUCCAAGGCCAUCACAGCAGACAGGAAGCAGCAAUGUGAAUACUUUCAGACCUGCUUAUAGUUCAUUUUCUUCAGGAUAUGGUGCUUAUGGAAAUUCAUUUUAUGGAAGCUAUAGCCCUUAUAGUUAUGGAUAUAAUGGGUUGGGCUAUAACCGCCUCCGUGUGGAUGAUCUGCCACCCAGUAGAUUUGUUCAGCAAGCUGAAGAAAGCAGUAGAGGUGCAUUUCAGUCCAUUGAAAGUAUUGUACAUGCAUUUGCCUCUGUCAGUAUGAUGAUGGAUGCUACCUUUUCAGCCGUCUAUAACAGUUUCAGGGCUGUAUUGGAUGUAGCAAAUCACUUUUCCCGAUUAAAAAUACAUUUCACAAAGGUUUUUUCAGCUUUUGCAUUAGUUAGGACUAUAAGGUAUCUUUACAGACGGUUACAGUGGAUGAUAGGUUUAAGAAGAGGCUCUGAGAAUGAGGACCUGUGGGCAGAAAGUGAAGGAACUGUGGCCUGUCUUGGUGCCGAGGACAGAGCAGCUAACUCAGCCAAAUCUUGGCCAAUAUUCUUGUUCUUUGCUGUUAUUCUUGGUGGUCCUUACCUCAUCUGGAAACUGCUGUCUACCCAUAAUGAUGAAGUCACAGAUAACACCAACUGGGCAAGUGGUGAGGAUGACCAUGUAGUUGCUAGAGCAGAAUAUGAUUUUGCUGCUGUAUCUGAAGAAGAAAUUUCUUUCCGUGCUGGUGAUAUGCUAAACUUAGCUCUCAAAGAACAGCAACCCAAAGUGCGUGGUUGGCUUCUGGCUAGUCUUGAUGGUCAAACAACAGGACUUAUACCUGCUAAUUAUGUCAAAAUUCUUGGUAAAAGAAGAGGUAGAAAAGCAGUGGAAUCCAGUAAAAUUUCCAAGCAGCAACAAUCUUUUACCAACACAACACAAAUUAAAGGAGCCACGGGUGGUGAUUCUUUGGAUGAACAAGAAGCUGCCUUUGAAUCUGUUUUUGUUGAAACUAAUAAGGUUCCAGUUGCACCUGAUUCCACUGUGAAAGGUGGCGAUAAACAAGAUCUUUGAUACCUUACAUGUUUGCCUGCAAUUGAACUAUACUUUACUUUUUAAAAAUUACUUCCUACAAGGAAACUAAUCUACAAUCCAAUGAACACAGUUGUUAAUGGCUAUUCCCGGUGUUUUGCUGCUAGAAAUUAUUAAAGUUGUACACUAGUAUGUUGGUCUAGUGACCUGGUUACAUUUUAUGAGUUCUUAGACCAUGAAGAUACUUGUUUCACCUAGAUUUUAAGAUUAUGGAGACUGCUAUCAUUUUCAUCUUACUUAAAAUUCUUUGUUUAUUGAAAGAGUAAGAUUGAUGAACUAUAGAAUACACUGUUUACUACAGUACGGAUCAUUAAUGCUUUUUAAAGUUAGAGAUUUGGAAUUGAUUUGGAAUCCUCAGAUACUGAGUGAUAACACAUAAAUAUGAGAACAAGCAAAAGGCUAAUUUUUUUACAACUUUAAUUAAACUGAAUAAUAAAAAAUUUUUGAUCUGUGUUAUA